AUAUGUACAAUAAUUUAAUUUGUUAUUAAUUUAUUAAUAGAAUUCUAUAAAUAUUUUACAAUUUUAAAUAAUUUUAAAUAAUUUUAUAAUUUUAGAAAAUUUUACGAAAUAAUCUAUUCUAGAUUAAAAAUGCAGAAUCCAGCUGAAAGUAAUAAUUCCAGUGGUAUAUAUUACUGUCACUACUGUAAAUCUAAAAGAACUGAGAAUCAGCUUGACUUCUUAUUAUCUGAGGAAAUCAAAUGUUUAGAAUGCCAAACCAUAGGAUUUGUCGAAAAGGAUUAUGAAGAAUUGGAAUCUUAUGAGAAUGAAACUGGGUCAGGAAAUACUUUUUACACCAGAGUCUCACAAACUCAAUCCUCUAAUCCCUUCAAUUCUGAACACUUUGGUUCAGAUCCUUUUAGUUCAAUAUUUGGAGUCCCUUUGAAUACAUUCAUUAGUGACCUGUUUCAAGGUUCAUUUGCUAUCCCAAUGGGCCCAACGGAUAGAAAUGUACCAACUGCUAGAAUUGUUCAAACUGGUAGAAAUGUACCAGGUGGUAGAGGUGUACAGACUGGAGUAAGAUUCCCUAAUCUCCAAUCAAUGUUCGGUGGUUCAUUUUCUUUCGGACCUUUCACCAGGAUUAACACUUCUUCUGAAAUUAACCCAGAAGACUUUGCUAGGGUUUUUAGAACAUUUGUUAGUGACCCUUUCUCAAGCCAGUCACUUAACCAGGUUUUAGAGUUCAUUAUGCAAUCGGAUCCAAAUAGAUACGGCUCACCUCCAGCCUCUAAAGAAUUCAUUAAUAACCUUAAAGUUCACAUUCUAACCGAGGAAACCGCAAAGGAGAAUGAAAGUUGUUCAAUUUGUACUGAGGAGUUUCGCUCAGGAGAUAAGGUCCACUGGUUAACAGAUAACAAAGAGCUUUGUAAACACACAUUUCACGUCGACUGUAUUAUUCCAUGGCUUCAGAGAAGGAAUUCAUGCCCCGUUUGUAGAUUUGAAGUACCUACAGAUGAUGAAAACUAUAAUAACGAGAAGGAGCUGCUCAGGACCCGAAUCACCGAAGAGGUUCAGAGAAACCUCAACACAAACACUAACAACACGAAAAAUAAUUAAUUCCAUCCAUUUA